AUGACGAACCCAUCCCAGCUCUUCCUCCUCGCCGAUCAUAUCAAGCUCUCCCUCCUUGAGCGACAGCGCGCCAUUUCCCUUGACCUUGAACCCAAUGCCCAAGAAGGCGAGAUCUCCCGAUCCCUCGAGUCCCUCCAAGCGGGCAUCCAGGCCGUAGAAGCUGAGCAAGCACGGCUGGCCGAGUCCAACGACAGCGCAGGCGCUGCCGCCUUGAAGGACCAGCUUACCCCCUCCACGAUCAAUACCAAGAUCUUUCCUCCCAGUUCUACGGCACAGAUCGCGUCAGACUCCGUGCAUCGAUCCGCAAAAUCGCCCGAUCUCAAACAACCCGUUCCACAACAUCCCCCUUCCAAAUCGGUGCGAUUUAUGGAUAACACGGCCGCUGCCGCGGCCGUCCAGGAAGAAAUUGAUGAAGAGGAGGAUCGCAAUCGCAAGAAUCUCUUCCGGCCGUACCGCGAUGAACCGUCACCGCCUGGCAUCGAUCAAUCCAAUAUGUCCAACGAGCAGAUCUACCUGCACCAUGACCGGGUGAUGCGCGAACAGGAUGAUCAACUUGAUCAGUUAGGAGAGUCUAUUGGACGCCAGCACCAGCUGAGUAUCCAGAUUGGAGAUGAGCUCGAUGGCCACGUUGCGCUGCUGGACGGCAUGGAUGGCGAUGUCGAGCGUCAUCAGAACCGACUCGACGGAGCGAGGCGGCGGCUGGACCAUUUCCGACGCAAAGCGGGCGAUAAUUGGAGUAUGAUGACCAUUAUCGGGUUGAUCAUUCUUCUGGUUAUCUUGAUUGUGAUUUUGAAAUAA